GAGGUCAUAUUUGGAGGCAAGGCAUUUGCUGAGAACGACCCCGAGGGUCUCAUUCCCAGCUCCAAAAGCACACCAGAAUGUCUGAGACGAGUCCCUUGGCUUCUCCUGCUCCUCAUCUCCUUAGGCCUCUUUGUGCUGAUGUUGGCCACCAUGGUUCAAGUUUCCAGGAUUCGUGGAUACCCACAGGGACAGACCCUGGAUCAGCAGGGGAGCUCCAGAUUGGAUGCUGUUCCUCAUGAGCAGACAUACUCCAGCUUGGAGCAGAUCCGGCAGCAGCUGACUCAGAUCAAUGCCUCGCUGGCUGGCCUGUGCCGGCCCUGCCCCUGGGACUGGGAGCUCUUCCAGGAAAGCUGCUACCUCUUCUCCAAGACUCUGGGCAGCUGGGAAGCCUCAGCCUCCUCCUGCAGAGCUCUUGGAGCCCACCUGGUGAUUGUCAACAGUGUUGAAGAGCAAAGAUUCCUCAAAUACUGGCACAUCAGAAAGAAUGAACUCACCUGGAUUGGCCUCAGCGACCACAGACGUGAAGGUUCCUGGAAGUGGGUGGAUGACAGCCCCCUCCAGCUCAGCUUCUGGAGAGAGGGGGAGCCCAACAAUGAUGGGGAUGAGGACUGCGUGGAGCUGGCAGAAGAUAAGUGGAAUGAUAGAAGAUGUACUGCCAACAACUUCUGGGUGUGUGAGCAGCCCUCAGAUCCCUGUCCUGGUCACUGAGGGUCCCCUAGGCAUGCAGGCAACUUGGGGGCACCAUGCUCUAAUUCCAGCUGCCUUGUUCAUCCCAGUGUCCCUGCUCAGAGCACUCUGGGAUCCUGAGAGUCCCUGAGACACCCUCCCCUCAGUGCUUCCCUCUUCUUCUGUGGGUGAUCUUGGUUGCUCUUCCCAGCCUAUGACCCCCCCCAUGAGAGUCACACACACAUGUGGGUCUGAGGUGUAGCUCAAUGACACACAGCUUGUGUAGCAGAAGGGGGUCUCUGCGUUCCAUCCCCAGCUCUAAAAUAAAAGAAUGAACAA